UCGAGCGGUCCGCACGUUGGACACCCCCGUUGACCCCUCUUCUCUCGCCAUUUGAACGUGCGGACAACGUGCGAACUGCGGGGUCUUCGCCCUCGAGCUCCCGCUCAAUUAGGGACGAUAACUAGCGCCGAUAAUCUCGCGACAGCCUGCCAGUACCGUCCGGUCCAGUCCAGUUCAAUCCGGUCCGGUAGCCCUGAUCCAGAGGAGAGAGCUGUGUGUCGUUGGCACCGGUUCUGUUCGCGAGGCUGUGUGUGUGUGUGUGAUUCUCUCUCUCGUUAGGAACCGAACCGGUGAAGAGAACCACAACGCCGGUCCCUGGAGGAGAUGGAGCUCGUGGGAGUCACUCACGUGACGGACGCCAUCACCUUCUGGGCUCAGAGUGUAAAUGAUGACCAGGCUGUGCAGAGGAUGACUGGUAUUUUGUCUCAGAAGUGUCCCACGGCACAGAGGCUGCCGGGCAAUCCUGUUCCUCGAAAGGUGUAUGGAGCACUGUAUUCAGAGGACAACUGCUGGUACAGGUGCAAAGUACAGCAGCACAAUGGUGAAAAGUUCCAAGUAUUGUAUAUUGAUUAUGGAAAUACGGAGCUCGUGAGCAGAUCGUGUCUAGUUGAGCUACCGGAAGACCUGCAGACAGACAGCCUGGCCAAGACAUUCAAGCUCUGGGGUUUCCACCUGUCUAGUAAAGAAGAUUCACAUCAUUUCUUGCAGGGAAAGCUCUUCCUGCACAGCUUGAUUUGUGGGAAGAAACUGCGAAUCCAGAAGAAGUCUGUGUGUUUGGAUGAGAUCAUUCUGGCUCAUGCUUACCUCGGUGACCUGGACAUUGGAGAGGAGGUUCUCAGGAUGAAGUUUGCCGAGUUCAGUAUCCCUGUGGACUUGGAGAGCCCCUGCCCUUCCCAGCUCCAGGACUCAUCCAUUCUGUGGGCAAAGAGAGUAAAUCGGGGAGUUAGCGAGAAGUGGGGCUCGGCUGGACAUGUGCCCAAAUUGAAACCCGUGUUACCUGAUCAGAAACAUCAGUUGCUCAAGGAGAAGAGCACGACGACAGCCCUCCAGCCUGCCCACCUGCUGAAGAAGAAGCUGGACAAGGAGCUGGUGGAGGAGAAUAUGAGGCUGAAGGUGGAGAAGAGUGCCAAGGAGCAGAACACCCUCCUGUUGGAGAGGGAGCUCCAAGAGGCUCAUGCUGAGCUCCAGAGGGUGAAGGAAGCUAUGUUGAAGAGCACAAUUGAAGUAGAGAGGCUGAAGGAGGAGAAGAUGGUUCUCCAGCAAAAUAUGGAAAACCUCUUCACUCAGCUGGGUGAAGCUGGGAUAAAGCUGCAGAUGAUGAAGCAGGAAGCAGAUGCCAAGGUGGAGGAGGCUGAUAAGCGUUUGGAGAGAGCAGUGGGCGACAAACUCUCCGCACUGGCAAAAAAGGUCGAGGCAGUGAGGGGAGUCAGAGAGGGUAUCCCCAGCAGCACCCUGGGGAACAGCCUCCUACAGUCCAUCAAUGUUGUCACAAACAACUGCAUUUCUACCCCGGUUGCCAUGGAGGAGCUUGAUGUUGCCUGGAAGGAGUACAGUCUGCUGCAGGAUAUGGUGAAGGCCUGUUAUGUGAAAGAAGAACUGGAUAAUCUGAUUGGGAAAAGGAACAGUGUGAGGAAAGUGUUGGCAGCUGCCGUGGAUAACUACAUUCAGGAAGUGGACAAGUUGCCGAUCAGGGGACGCAUGGACACACUCCAGGAAGUGGGUGCAUCUCUGUCAGCGGUCUUUGGUUCAUUCUCCAUGGAAGAUGUUGGAGAUCAAGUAUUUGAACAGUUCUGCCAAUGGAAGAGACAGAAGCAGCUGGAAACCCAGGCUGUGAGGAAGGCAACUGAAGAGGCUUUGGAGUCUCUGUGCUGCUGGUUUGACAACAUGGCCAAGCUCCUAAAUCUAUCAAACAAAACUUGCGUGUCCCUGAGUGACGUCCCUGUGAGUGUGGAUGGUCUUGUGCAAAGGGCGGAAAUGAACCUCUGCAAAGAGCUGAAUGUCUCCUUGGCAGAGCAGAACAACCAAGACAUCAAGAUAGUCUCCAGUGCUUUCUAUAAAGUGAUGCAGCAGAUCCAGAAGGAGCAGAACCUUCUGUGCAGCAUCCAAGAAAAGUACCUGUUGAGCACUCUGUUCAAGGAGGAGGUUCUACAGAGGCAGGACAACAUACCAAAUGUGGAAGAGCUGUUAACCAUCAAGAAGAGAAUCAAGAACCUGAGGUCACAGCUGCGCUGGAAAAUGGUGGAGGAGGGCAGCAUGGAGGAGGCAGAAGAGCAGGAUUUCGCAGAGAUCAAGAAGAAAAAGGAGGAAAUUGCUGAGACCCGAAAUGUACUGUUUCGGGAGAUCAGUCGGGAGAAAGAGGAAUAUCGAAAGCUGAGUGCCUUGGCAAAUGACAGUUUCCCUGAGCUGCCUCUUCUAUACCCUGAAGCAGACCUCCUGAGCUACAUGAGGACUGAUGGGCUUGUGGUGAAGAGUCUGGACCGGGACCUGUUUUGUGCUGAGCCCCUCCGGGAAUUGAGUGCAAGGAGGCCCCUGGUCUGCACGGAAUUUCAAGGCCAGAGGGUUGUGCUUAAGGGCUACUCCGUUGACGAGGAGGCAGAGGCACGGAUGCUGGAGAGAGCAACGCAGUACUACAGAGCAAGUGCCCCCAGUGAGGAGACUGGGCUCCUGCCCCUGCUGGCUCUCUUCUUUGGCAAGUCUGACCCACUGGUGUAUGUUAUGGUGCCGUAUUUUGCCAAUGGUCCCCUGCGAGCUGUGCAGAAAAGCAAUCCUCUGAACACUGCUGAAACUGUUGCAGUAAUGAGGGGCGUUGCACUGGGGCUGCAAUCUCUCCACAAGUUCGGUAUCACCCACGGGUCUCUGCAUCCCAACAAUGUAUUUGUUCUAAAGCGACAGCAAGGCAUGGUGGGUGAUUUCGACUUCACCCGGACAACAGAGCAGCGAAUUUCUGAUGCUGGGAUGAUAGCUGGGUCCCUCAGUCUGAUCCCUCCUGAAGUGGGCCAAGGACAGUCCCCAUCUCCAGCCAGCGAUAUGUACACCUUUGGAUGCCUGCUGCUGUGGGUACACUUCCCAGAUUUCAGCUUUAAACUGGAAAUGGAAAGACAAACACCUGACAUAAGUAAACUGAAAAUGGAUCCCAAACUCCAAGCUCUGCUGUCAAAGCUUCUGAGAUGUUCUGGAAGGCUAACAGCAUCUGAAGUCCUUUCAGAUGAUUAUUUCCUGGAGGUUCAUUUUGAACAGCAGCUGUGAGAAAAUAGCAGUUGAAUACAUACAUUUCCCUUAGUUUAAAAUAUUAAUUUCAACUUUUCUUGCAGAUGUUUUAUUUAUCAUUCCUGCAGAUUAGUGUUUGCUCUGAGUUUUAUUUGUUGUUUCCCACUGAGAUACCCUGAAAAUGUGUAGGUCUUUGACCAUUUUUGUUGCAUUGAAGUUAAUAAGUAAAGAUCAC